AUGGCUGUAGAGACUGUACAGGUGGGUGAGCAAGAAGAGGAAGCGCUGCCUGAUAAAAUUGAAAUUGUUCCCUAUAAAGAUGAGUCCGAUAUGGACGACGUAAUUCGGCUGAUUGAGGCUGAGCUGAGCGAACCAUACCAUAUCUAUACAUAUCGCUACUUUUUGCAUCAAUGGCCGCAUCUUAGCUUUCUUGCAUGGGCCCAUGUCAACAAUGAACGAAAAGCGGUGGGUGUCAUUGUGAACAAGCUCGAUCGUCAUUUACGUGGAUCACGGUUGUGGCGCGGAUAUAUUGCGAUGUUGAGCGUCGAUCCGCAAUGGCGUGGUCGUGGUAUUGCCACCCGCCUAGUUCAAGCGGCUCUUGAAAAAAUGACUCAGUUGGGUGCGGCAGAGGUCACGCUAGAGACGGAAGUGACCAACACAGCAGCACUAAAGCUGUAUGAAAAUUCAGGGUUUAUGCGCGAAAAGCGUCUUCAUCGGUUCUAUUUGAACGGCAAUGAUGCUUUCCGCUUACUGCAUCCUAUCAAACCACCCAGUGGGCAGGCAUACCCACCACCUAGACGUAUGGAUUCGAUUGAGGAACAUAUCUUGUAA